ACUGAGCUGCGGAGGUCACACCCGAAUGAGCAAAGCGCGGAGGCGUCGAAGUGACUUGUUGUUAAUGUAGAUCCCGUAGUUCGAUGUGGUUAUAGGUGGUGGCCAGACAUAACGACAUAGCAGGAGUCUCCGGUGACACGGUUGCGUUUGGAUUUGACGUAGUUGCUUCUACUCUCACAUUACGGGACAUUUUUUUUGUAGCUCCUCGAGUUUUAGGUUCUACUGUGCACAACUGAGACCUAGAUAUCACGUAUUUGUUUAGAACCGUGCGCGUCUGUGACGGAAUCAAAACAACAAUGCAGAGUGGCACAAAUAAAUCACAUACAGCCAAUGAAUUAAGUGACGCGGUGCCUGUGUUUUUAGGUGUGAGUUCGCAGUUUAACGAGAUAGUGGAUAAUGGACGGGGCGACAUUCCGUUCUCUGCAGACAGCGGCCCAAAUUACGGAAACCGUUUCUCCGUCUCGGAGGAUUUUGGAGCUGGCGCCAGUUUGACCUCAUUAACCACCCAGAUGUCGAGGAAAACGAUAAUUAUAUCAAAUGGGCCACCAUUCGAAGUAAAUCAAGACAUUUGUGGACAAAAUGACUUGGGUUUUUUACAAACUCUGGAGCGCGAAAGGGACUGCGAAUGGAACGUGACAAGGCCUACGCACGAUUUGGAGAUGGCCCAAGGUCUCCGUAAAAACUCGGACAUGUUCGUGAAUCUGGAUAACGGUAACGCAGUGCCCUCUCAGUUUGACGAACUGUUACCUUUAAGUCCUCCAUUACGUAAAGACCCCCCAGCCCUGGUGUUUGGUAGGGACUUUCCGGACACAUCGGCAGUCAAUUACCAAACCAGCAGCCGUAACAUCAAAAUCGAACCAGGGCAUGAGGGACCCUGUCCCGUGGCGGAUGGAUCUUGGUUCUGUAAAUAUUGUGACAACGGAAAUUGCAUGUCUCGUGGAGCACGUAAACCCUUUCCCUGUACCUCGUUCCCUGGGGUUAACUAUACGGACUAUGACUCUGGGAUGCCACAGGAGUUUCAUGUCCAGGCGCAAAGUUACCAAAGUGUGAUGAUGGGUGAAAGGGGUCUCCAAGUGUAUCAUUCCGCUAUCAAGAAGGAUAGUUCUGGAUGGAUGGGUGCUGACCCCAGUUUGAGAUGUGAGGAUAUGUUGCCAGUGAGGGUGUAUUUCUCAGACCGGAGGGUGUGUAAGGUAUGUGGAGACGAGGCGUCAGGCUGUCACUAUGGAGCUGUUACCUGUGGGAGCUGCAAGGUGUUCUUCAAGAGGGCCGCAGAGAGUAAGCAGAAUCACCUGUGCGCCAGCCGUAACGACUGCACCAUCGACAAGCUGAGGAGGAAGAACUGUCCUUCCUGUCGUCUCAGCAGAUGCUUCCGGUCUGGAAUGAGCCUCAAAGGCCGGAAGCUGAGGGGAGCUGGCCCACUGAAAGGAGGAGUGGAGGGGGGAACACAGGCACCUGGCAGAGAGAGGCCUGGAGAGAGGGAAGGAGAGAGGCCUGGAGAGAGGACUGGAGAGAGGGAAGGAGAGAGGACUGGAGAGAGGACUGGAGAGAGGACUGGAGAGAGGACUGGAGAGAGGACUGGAGAGAGGACUGGGGGACUACAGUUAGCCACCAUUUCCCCACAGGCUCAAUGCUGUGGUGCUUCGCAGGCUCCCACUCUUGGCCCCUCCCCUAGUCUACGCCCCUCCCUCCUCAACGUCCUGAGUUCCAUCGAGCCAGGAAUGGUCAACGCAGGCCAUGACACCUCCCAGCCAGACUGUUUCACCUCCCUACUGUCCAGCCUCAACGAGCUGGGAGAGAGGCAACUGGUGUCUGUGGUGAACUGGGCUAAAGCCAUGCCAGGUUUCAGACAGCUGCAUGUAGAAGACCAGAUGUCAGUGAUCCAGUCUUCAUGGCUGGGGUUGAUGGUGUUCGCUCUGGGCUGGAGGUCUUACACUAACACAGACGCUGGAGAGCUCUACUUCGCUCCUGACCUCAUCUUCAACGAUCAGAGAAUGCGUGUGUCCAGUAUGUAUGAACAUUGUGUCCGGUUCCGUCUGCUGUCCCAGAGGUUCUGUGUGCUCAGAGUCACCCAGGACGAGUUCCUCUGUAUGAAGGCUCUGCUCCUCUUCAGCAUCAUCCCUGUGGAGGGUCUGAGGAAUCAGAAGUGUUUUGACGAGCUGAGGAUCUCUUACAUCAAGGAGCUGGAUCGUCUGGCCAGCCACCAUGGAGAAAAACACCACACACAACGUCUGUUCCAGCUAACACAGCUACUGGACUUCCUACACCCGAUUGUAAGGAAGCUGCACCAGUUCACCUAUGAUCUGUUUAUCCAGGCCCAGUCUCUGCCCACCAGAGUCAGCUAUCCAGAGAUGAUCUCUGAGAUCGUCAGCGUUCACGUGCCCAAGAUUCUCACAGGCAUGGUUCAGCCAAUCCUCUUUCACAAUGCACCUUGCUAGAGGGUCAUCCCAUUACAAUUCAUCCUAAAAGAGGGACAGACAAUAACAAAACAAUCUGCUAGACAUUCAACCCAGGGUCCCCCAUUGAUUUUGUCAGUCUCUCUCACUCAGAUAUCAUAUGAACUCAUAAGUCCUGGCAAAAUGUGUAGAAUUGUAGAAAAUUGGCUUUAAAACAGCAAGAUUUUCUCUCCACUCCAUUGCAAAAUGAGUAGAAUAGCAUGAAAUGUGUUUUAAAACUGCAGCAUUUUCUCUCUGCCUCAUGGCAACAUUUGUAGAAUUACAGAACAUGUGCUUUAAAACCACAACAUUUUCUCUCCUCCCCAUGUCAAAAUGUGCAGAAUUGCAGAAAAUGUACUUAAAAACAUUUCUUUUUUUUUGCCGUCAAGAGGGGUACCAGUGAAAUGUUUUACCCGCGAGGUGGGGGUAAACCUAACCCUGGUUCAAUAUAUCACAAAACACCUUGGAGGUCAAAACUAUAACUAUAACCUUGUUAGACACCCAACCAUUUACUGUACAUAAUUAGACACAAAGCCAUCGAUGACAUCAUAUCAAGUCGGUUUUAGCAUGCUAAGAUGGCAUCUCAUGAGGGAGAUUUAUGUAGACAUCACAUGCACGGUUUGAGCUACUCCAGGAAGUGAUGUUGCAGGCUAGCUCAGUGCUGCCCCUCUCAUUGAGUUUCUCAAGUUGAAAUGAUAGCCGACCGGGGUACUGCAGGCUGCCAUAGCAACUAAAUUAUCCAUAUAACUUCUUUGUGUGAUUUAAAAAAAAUAAGUUUAUUUGAAGGACAUACAUCUGUUGUAAUAGAAGCAAUUAUCUGGAACAUGAUUGUCUUCGAAUGUUUUUUUCUUUGAAUAUUGACCUGAAGGUUGCUAUUUACUAUAUGGCAACCAAACAGCCUGGCUUCAAUGAGAGGUGGCAGUUGGUCUCCCCUGGGUCCCACACAUACUCUUCAUUUGCGCUGCUAGUCACUAGCCUGGAAUCCCAAACUGAAUAUCAUUCUGUAUUGUUCACUAUCCUUCACUUCACCGACAGUCACCAGAAUCUAUGCCAUUGAUUACGUUGGAUCCCCUGAUCUCAAGCUGGGGUUUGAUCCUGAAUGUGCAUCUCAGAUGGUUGUUUUUCUCUUUUACUUUUCAGUUUACCAUUAUUUUUCUCUUUCAUAGUUUCAGCAAAAUGUAGUAAGUAGUACAUUACACAAUAUGUCAAAAUAAGACACAAUUCUUCUGAAUUACACAUCAUUCAUACUCUAUAGACACAGACAAAGAGGUGCCUAUAGCUGUUCAUUUGACCUUUGUAUAUUACACCAUAUCAAACACAAAGCAUACAUGACUUCUGUACAUAUGGAAUGGAUUAUAUGUUGCAUAUUCUAUAAAAACAAAUCAGACUUCUUUCAAAUUCGAUCUAAAACGAACAAAUAAAACAAUCUAUAUUCCACUUCA